AUGCCCUCGUCGCUCUACGCCGCCCCACCAGGGCACCUAACCCUGCUGAUGUCGGCGCGCCGCACGGCGUCGUUCAUCACCCCAGGACACCGGAGCACAAGCUUCUACCUGUACAUCCCGCGCUCGCACCCCGUCACGCGGCGCGCGCGAGGCGAGGACGUGGGGCCGGACGACGUGCUCCUCCCUCCGUCGUCCGCGGCGCCAAUCAGCCCGACAGCGGGCGGCGGGGCAGGCGCGAGCCCCACGACGUCGACGGUGCCCCUCGCCGGUUCCCCCAGCGCGCCGCCUCCCCCGCCGACCCGACCGCCAGGCAAGGGCCCCGGCCCGCGCGGCUUCCCGCUCCUCGUCGUGAUCCACGACUCUAGCCGCGACGCCGAGAGCCUACGGGACCACUGGGCGACGCUGGCCGAGGAAGAAGGCUGCGUGGUCCUCUCGCCGCACUUUCCGUGCGAUAUCAAGUUUCCCGACGGGCCAGACAACUACAAGCGCCUGGCGUGGACGACUGCGAGCGGCGAAGUCGUGCGCUACGACGAGGUGCUGCUGUCCAUGAUUGACACGGUCGCCGCGGAGUGGGGGUGCGUCGACACGAGCACGUUCUCGCUCGUCGGGUUCAGCGGCGGCGGGCAGUUCGUCCUCAGGUUCUUCUACCUGUACCCCGAGAAGCUGCACGCCGUGUCUAUCGGCGCGCCGGGCCGCGCGACGCCGCUCGUGGCUGCGCCGUGGCCGGAGGGUAUCGACAACGCGCCGACAGUCAACGGCCGCGGCGUCGACGUUGGCGCGUUGCGCGACGCCACGGUGUCGGGACGCACAAAGGUCCACCUGCUUAUCGGCGACGAGGAUACCUGGCGCCCGGUGCAGCCGGACGGCACGCGCGCGAGCCAGUCGCGCUUCGACGUCAUCCAGGCCGUUAGGGGCAGCUUUGAUGCUGCUGGCUUGGUGUACGACUACGACGUGGUGCGCGGGGCAAAGCAUGAGGCGGAUAAGAUUCGCGCCGUGGCUAUGCCUUGGGUCCGGCGGCAUGUGCGGAAACCUGAGCAGAGCGAGAUUCGGGCCAGCAUUUAGAGGG